CAAGCAAUGAGCUCCGGUCCGUUUACUGACCGAGUUGAAGCAGAAGCUCGCGCAGAGGAGGUGGAAAAGUAUCUAUCCGACCACGAGUUCAAAGAUAAAUUUGUGGAGCUGUUGAAGAUUCUUCAUUAUACACCAGUACAUAGCUUACCGUCAGAUCCGGAGCAGCUUUACCGUUUCUUUGCAAAGGCUGUGCUAACUGGGAGCGGCUUUUUCCCGGUUUGGAGCCACACGUCCUGUUGGGUGACCAUUUGGUAGCGGC